AUGGACACUCAUUCAGAAGACGCUGUAGUAGAGGGUUCUGGGCACUAUGCAAACGAAGCAUUUGAAGGGGAUGAGAAACACGAAGCACCCAGCACGGGGCCAGGCAAUGCUGUCACAUCGGAGAGCAAGUCAGAAGCAGAAGAAGCCGGAGUUGUAAGGAGUUUGAAAGACGGGCAAACUUCGACAUUCUCGCGAGCAAAGCCUGAGGAAACGAUGGAACAGACAAAUGCUGACUCUGCCGAGACCCGGCACGAAGACGGCGAGCCAUCAACGUCGAUGGAAGCAUCUAGUAAACUGGGAACCGAGGAAGAAGUCGGGGCAGGCUACAAAGACAAGACUGGUGCAAUUGGAGCAUUAGAAUUAAGAACAAAGAAAGUCACGCUGAUGGAUGGGGACCCGGCAGAGGUCAGGCCUGGGGAGGGUGCGGGAGCCAGGGAUGGAGGAGGGCCACAAGCGGGACGCUUUGGAAACGGAGUGUAUGCGCGGGAGGAAUAUAGUCCCCCAGGACACGUGGACAGGCCACUCGCGUCGCCUACCGGCAGCACCGGGAGAGGGACUGCUUUUAAGACUGGAAAGCGGAAGGACCUGAGCAAAAGCAUGCAGCGGAGCCAGUUUGGAAAGAUGGUCGACUCCAUCAAACAGUCUGCACCCUCGAUAGCGUUUGGGAGUGCCGACCGCUUCUCUCACGGCAGCAUAGGCUAUGUACCGAGCGGAGAGGGGGUUCCGGGGCCCGGCUGUUACGAGACCGUCAAGGACCUCGGAAAGGACAUGGGCUCGUCCGAGCACAGUCACCAUCCCGCGUACCACUUCGGACAUGACGAGCGCUUCAAGGGGCCGGGCACUAGCAGCCUCGUCAGGAUGCCGGACCCCGGCAAGUACGACAUCCCGCCGUCAAUCGGGCGACAGACGCUGUCGACCAAGGAGAGCGCGUCGCCCAAGUCGUUCGUCAAGGCGACGCGCAGCGUCAAAGUGUCCAUCGGGAAGGGCUUUGAGGAGGAUAUGUACGGCCUGGAUGCGCCGGGCCCGGGCACGUACCCCACCAAGUCAGGCUUCGGAACGCAGGCACGAUACUUCUCCUACUUGCAGGUUGGUGGAGGCCGGAGCCUGGAAGAGCGGAAGGCCUCCGAGCUUCCCGGCCCUGGGGAGUACGUCACCGUGUCUGCUGUGGGGCCUCAGGUGGAGUCCUCCCGGCCGUCUAAACCGGCCUUCCCCUUCGGCAGCGCGGGCCGGAACAGCGGAACUGGAAAGACCGCGGCUCCCGGCCCGGGCGCUUAUAAGAACGAGAAAUCCGGGUUUGGGGCCCAGCUGACGUCGCCCAAGCGGAGCAUGCCCGCCGUGUCCUUCACGAGCGCGAGCAGGUUUCCCAGGUCCGCCCUCGAGAAGACGCCUGGUCCCGGCUCCUACUGCAAUUGA